AUAUGUAUGUAGGUACAGCAAUAUAAACGGCGAUACAAUCAGGAAAUUUAAAAGGGAUCUGCAUCUGACUCGCUCGUAAGCGAUUUAAUUAAAAGGGAGACGUGCAACAUUUACCAACAUACAACAUUUACCAUCAUCCAGCAAAGCUACCAGGGCAGAUUCAUACAAUGGAGGACAUUUUUUUUUCGGAAACCGAAAUGAUCUCUCCACCACGCUCGCGCCCCCCUACUUUUACAGGGUCUGCCGUGCAGCGUAAGCGGUUUGCUGUAUCGCAGCCCUACGAAAGGCGUACAGCAAUCCCAGAUUCCCCCAGCGCAACGGUAUCUAACCAUGCUACUGCGGUUCCAAGUAUAUUUUUUUAUAUUUUAAUAAAUUUCAAUUCUUACCAUUAUUUUUUUGCGAGGUUGUUAAAAAAAAAAAAUUAUUUCAGGUGAACCAGUUUCUCUGGCUUCGUUACAAAAGGAGCUGAGAGAAAUGCGGAGCGAUAUCCGUGAAUCACUGGGGGAAAUAAAGACCACCUUACGGGACCUAGAAAGUAAGGUGGAAAGAAAUUUCAAAGACUUCGAAAAGAAGAUGCCAGAAAGAGCGGAAAGUCAGGUCCAGGGGCAGCUGAUGAGGGAGGUGAAAGUGGUGAUGACAAGAGUUCACCAGAGUAUUGCGCGCAUCACGGAAGAUGCUCUGAGUCCUGAGUAUAUCAAGAUUCAGAGUAUGCUCCCAAUAAAAUCGCAGGAUGCGAUUAAUACUCUGGAGGAGCUCUUAAAUACCAAGUCAUACUCCGAAGCAAUGCUAAAUAUUUUGCUGAAGCUGAGGGGUGCAAAAGGAUGCAUCAAAGGGGUGAUGAAGCGCGUUUACUCCGAUGCCUUAAUGUUCCAUUACAAUUUUGAGGGGAAAGCCAACAAAUCAGCGCUUUUGGGCCUUCUAAAGCUAUUUUUAUAAUGUCAAAUUACUUUAAUUCAUGUUCAUUUUCUA